GUUCGAGAUUAUUCCCCACUUUUAUUUCCACCAAUAUUCGAUCAAUUCCUUUAUGGUUAUAUAAAUACUUUUCGACCAAAAUAUGUACAAACAAGCGCAUCGCUUGAAGAAGCGCAAACUUCAGAAUUAAUAGAGCCGGAUGAUGCGAUUACAAAAUUAUCGUUCGAUAUGCAGGCAACUGUGGGUAAAUUAUCAGAGAAGGCUGAAAUUAAUGGAAAACCAUUCGAUCAAUUACGUGGCCUUUUACUUAUCAUUGCAUUGAUCACUUCAAAUAUGCGUUCAUUAAAAUCAUUGACUAUAAAAUUUGAAGCUAUGAAAUUAUUGCAUAGGUACGUGCCGUGGGUUGAUAUAUCGGUUGUUGCAAAUCGUAUAUUGCCGUAUUUGGUUGAAAUGAUGUUCGAUUGCAUGGUUCAAAUGAAAUGUGAGGCCAUUUAUUCAUAUGGAUAA